AUGUCGAUUGUGGCCGAUCGAGUGCGUCGUCUCGAUGCACUCAUCGACAAAGUCUCACUUGUACAGUUGGGGUUUGGUGAGGAAGAUGACAAUCUGCAUCUACGUUCCAACCGUGGCGGGGACUUCCACCUGGCAUCAGAACCCCGAGUUACUGAGCUGCUUCAGAUUGCAAAGCAGCUCUCUUCCAGCUCGCUCUCACUGGGCCAUAUAUCCAAGAGGCGAAUUCGAAACUUGUUGAUUGAGUCUGGCCUGGCAAACGAGGAUCAAAAUGAGGAGCUUCACGCUGAGAAAUGGAUGGUCGAGGUGGAUGCUGAAUGGCAUUUGGUUGGAAAGGCCACUAUUCAAACAUAUGGUCUUUUGAUGAGCUCCCUGCUUGAUCAGAUAAAGCCACUGAGCGACGAUAUCUGGUACUGGGACGAGAUCUUGAGCUCCUACCCCAACAGCCUUCUUUACACGAUGCAAUCAUCACCGGUGCGGAUGGGGGAAUGGACCAGGGAAGUCUGGCGAGAAAGUUUGGAUCGCUUUAACGAGUGGCGACAGCAACAACUCGAGCAUCGUUCAGCCCCUCGAUCCCGGCGCGAGUCUAGGACAGACAGGGAGGGGGAGGUACUUACCGCCGGCACCUCAUCAACACAGUCAGAAUCAGGGUCUGGUGACAAGAACGCCGCCGCAGAGUCUGUAACUGAAAUCAACUUGACACAGCAAUGGCGCGAGUUUUAUGGUAUCGUCCGAGAAAGCAUGACGGAAAAGUCUCUGGGUAACAUCAGGCGUGUCCUUGGUCGGGUUGAUACCGGCCGUUCGGAUGCCCGACGCAAGCUGGCUCGUCUCCAAAAACUCCGGGAAAUGACGGCAACUGGUCUGGGCGUGCUUUUGGACGAGGGACUCGACAUACGGACACCAGACGAUGGUUCAGUGGUUGAAGCGACUGUUUACCACGAGGAGUGGCGAGUGGUGCUGGAGCGAAGCGUUGCUCUGAUGGACUCGAUCCUCCGCGGUUCGCUCACCCUCGAACACAAUAUGAAAGAGUUCGAAGACAACAUCUUUUCCGGUGUUCAGCACGAUCCCGAGUUGUCAAUUCACACAGAUGACGCUGCGCAGGCUGCAAGACCUGCCAUCCUUGCCCGCCGACUCCUCAACAUCCUUGACGAGGGCAUUCCCCAGCAUGCCGUGUCUACCUCGGUGUUGGCCCGCAAGAAUGGUCGCCCUUCCCGACUCGUCAGAUACUGGAUUCCGGCCAUCGCUCUCCUCCUUUCGUCCUCGACAAUCCUCCGCGUUCUUGUAAACAGGAAAGCCGACAUUAUCAACUGGAUACGGGAUCUUGGUGCAACCACUCGGGAUUUUUGGUUCAACUGGGUGGUGGAGCCGAUCAAGAAGGUCAUCGGUACGAUCCGUCACGAUGAAGCCAGCGAGAUUGCCAUCAUGAGCCGCGACAGCUUGAAAGCCGAUCGCGAAAGUCUGGAGCGCAUGGUGGUGGAAUUCUCUCGAGACAACCCUGACAUUGCUGUUGGUAAUUCAACCAUCACCGAGGCCCAGGUUGCUGAGAUCCGGACUCGGGUGAAGGAGGGAGAUGUUACUCCCAUCCUGAAAGCAUACGAAAAGGAUCUGAAGAAGCCCUUUGUGGGCGCCAUCAGGGGAGAUUUGGUCCGGUCGGUUCUCAUCCAGGUGCAGAAGACAAAGGUCGAUCUUGAGGUGGCUAUCAGCGGCAUUGAUGCGCUGCUGAAGAGUCAAGAAUUGGUGUUUGGUUUUAUUGGGCUGACACCCGGUAUUCUUGUUGCAGUCUCGAUUGGAAUUAUUCAAUAUUUCAGAACAGCAUUCGGCAGCCGCAAGGGCUUGCGCCGUGGCCAGCGAGCUCGCCGCACCCGUCGUGUCUUGCGCAAGAUGGAUAGAAUAUUGACCGAGGCGCAACACAACCUCCAGGACAACACCAUUUCUUACCGGGACCGCGGUCUGUUGGUCUGCGAAGCUCACGUCCUACGCAACCUCUCUCAGGGAAAUCUUCCUCGCGAGGUUGAAAAGGAGUUUAUUGAGGAUCUCGAUGAGUUCGCAAAGGCUAGGGCGGUUCCCGAGCUGUUCAGGGUGCUUGACAGGAUCCGCUGGGCAUAUUCGGAGUAUUUUUAG